CAGCGCCGCAGCAUUGGUCGGCAGCACUGACAUCAGCUAGCGAGGGCGGGGCAGCCUCUUAUAAGAGGGCGCGGCGGAGGCCACCGAUCCUCCGCAGCCCGCUGUCCGCCUGCUUCUCAGCUCAAGCCGUUUGAAGUCAGCAUGAGGGAGAUCGUGCACAUCCAGGCCGGCCAGUGCGGCAACCAGAUAGGGGCCAAGUUCUGGGAGGUCAUCAGUGAUGAACAUGGCAUAGACCCCAGUGGCAACUACGUGGGGGACUCAGACCUGCAGCUGGAACGCAUCAGCGUGUACUACAAUGAGGCCUCCUCUCACAAGUAUGUGCCCAGAGCCAUUCUGGUGGACCUGGAACCUGGAACCAUGGACAGUGUGCGGUCUGGAGCCUUUGGGCACCUAUUCAGGCCUGACAACUUUAUCUUUGGUCAGAGUGGCGCUGGCAACAACUGGGCCAAAGGGCACUAUACUGAGGGCGCAGAGUUGGUGGACUCAGUCCUGGAUGUCGUGCGGAAGGAGUGUGAAAACUGCGACUGCCUGCAGGGCUUCCAGCUGACACACUCGCUGGGCGGGGGCACAGGCUCAGGCAUGGGCACGCUGCUCAUCAGCAAGGUGCGUGAGGAGUACCCUGACCGCAUCAUGAACACCUUCAGCGUGGUGCCCUCGCCCAAAGUGUCGGACACUGUGGUGGAGCCCUACAACGCCACCCUGUCCAUCCACCAGCUGGUGGAGAACACGGAUGAAACCUACUGUAUCGACAAUGAGGCCCUCUACGACAUCUGCUUCCGCACCCUCAAGCUGGCCACACCCACCUAUGGGGACCUCAACCACCUCGUGUCUGCUACCAUGAGUGGAGUCACUACCUCCCUUCGAUUCCCCGGUCAACUCAAUGCUGACCUCCGCAAGCUGGCUGUCAACAUGGUGCCCUUCCCCCGCUUGCACUUCUUCAUGCCUGGCUUUGCCCCACUUACAGCCCGGGGCAGCCAGCAGUACCGUGCCCUGACGGUACCUGAGCUUACCCAGCAGAUGUUUGAUGCCAAGAAUAUGAUGGCUGCCUGUGACCCACGCCACGGCCGUUACCUGACAGUGGCCACUGUCUUCCGUGGGCGCAUGUCCAUGAAGGAGGUGGAUGAGCAGAUGCUGGCCAUCCAGAGUAAGAACAGCAGCUACUUCGUGGAGUGGAUCCCCAACAAUGUCAAGGUAGCCGUGUGCGAUAUCCCACCCCGCGGGCUCAAGAUGUCAUCCACCUUCAUCGGCAACAGCACGGCCAUCCAGGAGCUCUUCAAGCGCAUCUCGGAGCAGUUCACAGCCAUGUUCCGGCGCAAGGCCUUCCUGCACUGGUACACGGGCGAGGGCAUGGAUGAGAUGGAGUUCACCGAGGCCGAGAGCAACAUGAAUGACCUGGUGUCUGAGUACCAGCAGUACCAGGAUGCCACAGCUGAGGAGGAGGGUGAAAUGUACGAAGAUGAUGACGAGGAAUCCGAAGCCCAGGGGCCCAAGUGAAGUUGCUCCCAGCUGGGGUGUGGGGCCAAGUGGCAGCCAGGGCCAAGCCAAGCAGCAUCUGUCCCCCAGAGCCAUCUAGCUACUGACACUGCCCCCAGCUUUGCUCCCCAGGCUCACUAGGGCAUCCUAGGGCUCCCAGGUUAAAGUCCUUCAGUAUCUAUGGCCGUCCCCGCCCCACAUGAGUCCACUUGGCUCUGUCCUCCCCAUUUAGGCCACCUCUGUAAUUGUGUUGCUCAUUUGUCUGUUUUAUUACGGCUCCAGGCCUGAUGUUUUAUGGUUUGUUUUGGUUUUUUUACUGAGUUGUGUUUAUAUUUGGAGGGGGGUAUACUUAAUAAAGUCUCUGCUGUCAGA